CACCUGUGGUCAACUCUUCUUCGGCCACUUCUCCACUUCGGGUUCGUGUACAACAAGAACGCAACAAACCAUGGAGUACGACAAAGAGAUCCAAGCUAUGCUUGAGAAAGCCAGAGCUGAUGGUCGACUGAUCACAGAGGCCCAGCUUCACGCCUACCGCACCGCCGCAUUCGCAGCCGCAAUGUCGAAUGGAAAGGUAGCGCUCGGAGAUCAGGCUCACCGCGAAGCUGAUAUCAACACAUGGAAGCACUUCUUUCCUGGCGAUGUUGAUGCCCUCAAGGCUGCAGCUUCCGACAACAUCGCGCCUUCAAGCAAGGUCCCCAAGGUCCCCAAGGUCUCCACGUCAAAUGCUAUUGAGUACACCGAGAUAGCUCAAUGGCACAUGGCUAAGGCUAUGGAGGCUUCAGCUGCUAGCAUCGUUGCAAGCCAGCUCCAGGCCGAUGAUCUUGCGAAGACUCGAAAGAAGUACCAAGAGUCCGCAGCUUUCGCCACCACGCCAGCAUUCGCCAAGAAGAAGAGUACAGACAAUGCUCGGUUCGCCAAUUUGCAGGCAGAGAAGAGACAAUUGAGGGCGGACAAGGAAGGUCUUGAAGAUCGCGUCGAGGUUUUGGACAAGGAAGUGAAAGAAUUGACCGGCAAUGUCAAAAUGUUGAAGAAUCUUAUUGUCGACAGGGAUGAGAUGAUUGCUCAACUGAAGAAGGAUGUUGGUCAAGAGAAGGCUAAGUAUCACGAUGAUAUUCGCAAGCUGGAAGCUGUCAAGCGCGCGACACUGAAGCGAGCUGCUGAUGCGGCAGGAGUUGAUGCACCAGAGCCAAAGAAGUCCAAGAAGGAGUUGAUGACUAGGGCAGAGCGAAAUGCUGGUAACACCAAGUCUUGA